AUGCCUGAAAUUGCCGAAAUCGCACGAGCAGUGCAUUUUCUGCGCAUUCACUUGGUUGGUAAGCGCAUUGCUUCUGCCGAAGCCAUCGAUGAUGCCAAUGUGUUUGGCAAGGUCGGUACCACCGGUGCUGCGGUGGCAGCUGCUCUCAAGGGCAAAAAGGUCGUAUCCGCGGGCACCCAGGGCAAGUACUUUUGGAUAACACUCGACAAGCCUCCGCACUUAGUAAUGCAUUUUGGCAUGACUGGUUGGAUUCACAUUAAAAAUGACAAGACUGCGUACACCAACUACUUCAAAAAGAUGGAAGAUACUGAAUAUUCCGUGUGGCCUCCGAGAUUUUGGAAGUUUCAGAUUACCACGGACGACAAGCCUGCCGUGGAGAUUGCAUUUACAGACCCGCGCCGUUUUGGCCGUGUGAGACUGGUGGACUGCCCCGGAGAAGACAUUCGCAAACACACCCCGCUUGUCGAGAACGGGCCCGAUCCUGUCGUUGACAAGGAUCGCUUCACUGAAGAGUAUUUGCGUGGCAAAAUGCAGUCGCGCCAUGUUCCCAUCAAGGCUUUGCUCCUCGACCAAGCAAUGAUCAGCGGCAUCGGCAACUGGGUUGCCGACGAGACGCUGUACCACGCCAAGAUGCAUCCUGAGCAGUACUGCGACGACUUUAGUGACGUCGAGAUCAAGAAGCUCUACGAUUCCAUCUGUUACGUCUGCGACUUGGCUGUGGAGAAACUUGGCGACUCUGAUCAGUUCCCAGAACACUGGCUCUUCAACCACCGCUGGGGCAAGGGUGACAAGAGCUCAUCAUCGCAGCUUCCCAAUGGCGAGAAGCUCUCAUUCAUCACCGUCGGCGGGCGCACCAGUUGUUUUGCGCCAGCCAUUCAGAAAAAGACGGGUCGCGUAUCAGGCAAUGCUAAAACAGAACCCCUCGUCAAAGAAGAGUCUGGCGAUGAAAAGGUGCCACUGAAAAAGAGUCGCAAGUCGACAGGUAAAAUCGCCAAGGAAGAGUCUGGCGAUGUAAAGGCCCCCCUCAAGAAGGGUCGAAAGCCAAGGGACCAGGCUGUCAAGCAAGAGACGAACGAUACGCCAGCCACCAGCAAGCGGUCGAGCCCUGCAACGAGCGAGAGCAGCAAGAGCAAAAAGGCUAAAGUCGAGACGCUCGUGGAAGAGAGUGGCAGACGCCGAUCUGGGCGCCUGAGAAAAUAA